UUUUUUUGAGUUAUUGGGUUAUUUUAUGAAAUUUCCAAUGGGAAGAAUGAUGCAAUGAAGUUGUGCAAGGCCGAUGUUUCAACCGUUUGUCUCGGGCUUCAGACGCAAAUCUCCUGGGAAACAGCCGUGGGUUUCUGAAGGUAGGAGGUAUAUGAAUUUGUUGAGAUUGAACCACCUUUCUUCUGCACUUAAAUCAUCUCUGAUUCAUAAACCCACCUUCAAACCCACCAUUGAUCUUUCAAUUUUGGAGUUUCAUUUGAAGCAAUGUCAACACAUCAAGCAAUUCAACCAAAUUCUCUCUCAGAUGCUUCUAACUGGCUUCGUAAGGGACACUUAUGCCGCAAGCAGAUUAAUCAAAUUCUCAACAAAUUUUCCCUUCAUUCACAUCGACUACACCCGCCGAAUCUUCAACUUCAUUGAGAACACCAAUUGCUUCAUGUGGAAUAUGAUGAUGAGAGCUUAUAUUCAAACAAACUCGCCCCAUUUUGCUUUCACUCUUUACAAAUCUAUGCUUUCCCAGGAUCUGUGUGCUGAUAAUUACACCUACCCACUUCUGUUUCAGGCUUGUUCCAUCCGUCGGUCGGAAUGGGAGGCAAAACAGGUACAUAAUCAUGUUUUGAAGUUGGGUUUUGAUUCAGAUGUUUAUGUUCAAAAUACUUUAAUUCACUUUUUUUCUUCUUGCUCAAAUAUGAUUGAUGCCCGCCGCGUGUUUGAUGAAAGUUCUGUUUUGGAUUCGGUGUCAUGGAAUUCAAUUUUAGCUGGGUAUGUUCAAAUAGGUAAUGUAGAGGAGGCUAAGCAUGUAUAUGAUCAAAUGCCAGAGAGGAGUAUAAUUGCUUCAAAUUCUAUGAUUGUUUUGUUUGGCAUCAAAGGGCUAGUGGUUGAAGCCUGUAAAUUGUUUGAUGGAAUACUAGAGAAAGAUAUGGUUACAUGGAGUGCAUUAAUUGCUUGCUUUCAGCAGAAUGAGAUGUUUGAGGAGGCUAUAAGAACAUUUGUAGAAAUGCAUAAAAUUGGAUUAAUGGUGGAUGAAGUUGUUGCAGUUAGCGCUCUUUCUGCUUGUGCGAACUUACUGAUUGUUAAUAUGGGGAAAUUGAUUCACAACUUGGCUUUGAAAAUUGGAACUGAAUCUUAUAUAAACCUUCAAAAUGCUCUGAUUCAUAUGUACUCGAAAUGUGGGGAUAUAGUGGUGGCCCGAAAACUGUUCGAUGAAGCCCACUUGUUAGACUUGGUAUCUUGGAACUCUAUGAUCUCGGGGUAUUUGAAAUGUGGUUUAGUUGAGAAUGCCAAAGCCAUUUUUGACUCCAUGCCCAAGAAGGAUGUUGUGUCUUGGAGUUCUAUGAUAUCAGGUUAUGCACAACAUGACCUUUUUGAUGAGACUCUCGCACUUUUUCAAGAAAUGCAAAUGAAUGGCUUCAAACCAGACGAGACAACGUUAGUGAGUGUGAUAUCUGCGUGCACUCGCUUGGCUGCCCUUGAGCAAGGGAAGUGGGUCCAUGCUUAUAUAAAAAAGAAUGGUCUAACCAUUAAUGUCAUUCUGGGUACAACCCUCGUUGACAUGUAUAUGAAGUGUGGAUGUGUUGAAACUGCCUUGGAGGUUUUCUAUAGGAUGGUAGAGAAAGGGGUUUCGACUUGGAAUGCUCUAAUUCUUGGGUUGGCUAUGAAUGGGUUGGUGGAAAGCUCGCUUGAUAUGUUUUCUAAUAUGAAAAAGUGUCAGGUAACACCUAAUGAGAUAACAUUUGUGGGAGUACUUGGUGCCUGUCGACACAUGGGUUUAGUAGACGAAGGGCAGCAUCAUUUUCAUUCAAUGAUUCACGAUCAUAAGAUAAAGCCGAAUGUUAAGCACUAUGGGUGCAUGGUUGAUCUUCUAGGACGUGCAGGUAAGCUUCAAGAAGCAGAGGAACUUCUCAACCAUAUGCCUAUGGCACCAGAUGUUGCUACUUGGGGUGCCUUACUUGGGGCUUGUAAGAAACAUGGUGAUAGUGAAAUGGGAAGAAGGGUCGGAAGGAAGCUGAUUGAGCUUCAACCUGACCAUGAUGGGUUCCACGUGUUGUUAUCGAACAUAUAUGCUUCAAAAGGAAAAUGGGAUGAUGUUCUUGAGAUUAGGGGCAUGAUGACAAAGCAUAGGGUUUUGAAGACUCCUGGUUGUAGCAUGAUUGAAGCAAAUGGAGUUGUUCAUGAAUUUCUAGCUGGAGAUAAAACACACCCGGACAUGGAUGCAAUUGAGGAGAUGUUAGGUGAAAUGGCUAUAAAAUUGAAGUUAGAAGGUUAUACACCAGACACAAAUGAGGUUUUGCUUGAUGUUGAUGAAGAAGAGAAGGAAAGUACUCUGUUUAGACAUAGUGAGAAGAUAGCCAUUGCAUUUGGCCUUAUUAAUAUUAGUCCGCCAACACCAAUCAGGAUAAUGAAAAACUUGAGGAUAUGUAAUGACUGUCACACUGCUGCAAAAUUAAUCUCCAAGGCUUUUUGCCGUCAAAUUGUGCUGAGAGAUCGACAUCGGUUUCAUCACUUUGAGCAGGGGUUUUGUUCAUGCAAGGAUUACUGGUAGCGGGUGAGGAUUCAUAACACUUAGAGAUUAUUUUGGCUGCACUUCGCUUGAUCCUCACUGGGAUGGGCAACUAAGUUGCCUCUGAGGUCUCGCAAGCAGCAACUCACAAAGCUAGUUUCUCUUCCUUUGGAAAGUUGCUGCAAAAUGGUUUGGUGAACAUUUUUCCAGUGAAGAUGAAGAGUUUGCUACACUUCCGAGUCCUUAUAAAAACGUCAAGGACAUAAUGGAGUGCCUCAAACUCUACUACGGAUGGUCUGGAGUCGAAAGUUGCAGCAUAAUUAUUGACAUAAUUGGCAAUGAUCAGUUGAUGAUGGCCGUCUCAAGGUUUGCUUCUAUCCCAUUUAUAAUAAACAUGAGGUCCUGUGGAGACAUCUUACCCUAGGGUGUAAUUUGUUUUGUUCUUUAAAAUGCUUCCAUGCUGGAUUGACUAAAGAAAACAUAUUUUCUAGACAGACAUUUUUAUUUAAACUCAUUUGAUAAAAAUUGUUUAAAAUUGGUUAAAUUAUAAAAAAUACCCUUGAACUUUUCCAUAUGUUUCAAAAAUACCUUUAUAACUUCAAAAGUUGCAAUAUUACUCUUGAACUUUCAUAGGCGUUUCAAAAAUACCCUUGGAGUAAAAAUUCAUUAGAAUUUGGACAGAAAUUGAGAUGUAAAAUGGUGUAGCAGGUGGCGUAAAAUGAAAAUUUGAAUCACAACAUCGUUUUAGGUCAUUUCACACAGUUCUAAGUCCCGAUUUCUAUUUGAAAUUCUAAAUAAUUUAUACUCUAAGGUAAUUUUGAAACGUUUAUGAAAGUUGAGGGGCAAUAUUGCAACUUUUGAAAGUAAAAUGGUACUUUUUAAACAAAAAGUUCAAGGGUAUUUGUUAUAAUUUAGUCUUUAAAAUACACUUUGAAAGUGUUUCAAAAGCUAUUUCGAGUGGUUGUCAAACACUUCAAUUUUUUUCAAAAUGACUUAUUUUCAAGAUUAAACACUUAGAAAGUUAAACCAAACACCCCUAAAAGUUCUUUUUUGAAACCAAAUCCAUAUUAGGAUUCAUUCUUGGGUUAGUCAAUCAUAUUGUUAGAUUCUUGGCGAACAUGAGGUCUUGAUAUGGGCAUUUUCAAAGUGGAGUGGUGGUAGGAUAUAUAUGUGCGCAUGCACGAGUUGUAAUUUAAAGUUUAACCUUUUGUCUUAAUAUUGCACAAUGAACAUUUAUUGUAAUAGUUUAUAAAUACCUUAUUUUCAGUGGGUUAAUUA